ACAAAACAACUUGCCUCCCUUUUGAAAUGUUGUGAAACUUACAUCUGAUGACAGGCAUUUGACAAAGUUGUUCGUGUAUUUGGGUCAACAACUCGGGGUGAAUGAAGUCGGGUUAUCUAUCCAGUUAUUCUCUCUAAAAUACGUGAGACGGCAGUCGUGUACCGGUCUCCUGUGUGUUCAACAUGGCAGCAGUUCCCGUCUUGAAGUUUAGUAAUGGAAAGUCUAUGCCAGUGUUUGGUCUGGGGACUUGGCAGUCUCCGAAAGGCGAAGUAGCGGAGGCUGUUAAAGCAGCCAUUGCCUGCGGGUACCGCCAUAUUGACUGCGCGUGGGCCUACGGCAAUGAAGCGGAAGUGGGCCAAGCUAUCAAGGCCAAGAUAGACGACGGGACAGUCAAGCGUGAAGACCUCUUCAUAACCACAAAAUUAUGGAAUACAUUCCAUCGUCCGGACCUUGUCGAAGGUGCAAUGAAGGACUCUUUGGAGCGAUUGGGACUGUCCUACGUUGAUCUGUACCUAAUGCACUGGCCAGUUGCCUUCAAGGAGGACACUGGUGAAAGCAUGCCCAAGGAUGCUGACGGCAUCCUCAUCUUGUCAGAUGCUGACUACCUCGAUACAUGGAAGGAAAUGGAAUUGCUUGUAGAGAAAGGGUUCACCAAGUCUAUUGGCGUAUCCAACUUCAACUCAGAACAACUACAACGGCUUCUACAAACAGAAGGGUUGAAAUAUGCGCCAGUGACCAACCAGGUCGAAGUCAAUCCCUACAUCCUGAACAACAAACUGAUAUCAUUCUGUAGAGAGAAAGGGAUAGCUAUCACAGCCUACUCGCCACUCGGAAGUUCUGACCACCCGGCGUUUAGAUCGGAUGCUGCUUUCCGACGAUUAUUUGAUGAGCCAUCUCUUCAAGAAUUAGGCAAGAAAUACGGGAAGACUGUAGCUCAGGUUGUCCUCCGUUGGGGGCUACAGAGGGAUACCAUUGUCAUCCCCAAGAGCGUGACGCCAUCCAGAAUCAAAGAAAAUUUCCAGGUUUUCGAUUUUCAACUGACAGAGGAGGAGAUGAACGUGGUAUCUGCACUGGACAGGAAUUUCCGAGCUUGCGCAUUUGACGUAACUUCGAAAAGCCAAUAUUAUCCGUUUCACAUUGAGUUUUGAAUCAACGUGAACUGCAAAGAUGGAAAAACCUUGAACGAGAAAUCUGUGUAUGUGACAAAUAAAGCACUCUGAACUAAUCUGAUUAAAAGCC